AUUGUAAAUUUAAUAGAAAGAGUGAAGUUCGAAUUACGACAUUUUACUCAUUAAAGAAAAAUUAUAUCUAUUCUUUGUUUCUGGAAAAAAAAAAAAGUAUUUCGUACUUUUCAAAACGGUGCUCCAUAUUAGCAAACCAAGUAGAAAAACACAAACUCGGGUCCAUUCUCCCUAUCCAAUUUCAUCAGAAGGAUAAGAGAAGUAAGCCACAAAAGGCUCUUUAUAUUCUUUUCUCCUUCGGUUUAUUCAUUAAAAUAUAAAUCAAGAAUUUUGCAAGAAUGGUGCAAACACUAGCAACUCCAGUACUACCUUCACUUUCCCUUAUCUCCAACAUACCUUCCAUCUCCAACCACAGUUCCCUCUAUUUUCCCACUCCCACAUCUUUCCCAAAGGUUGGAGGUUUGAGUAUUAAGUGUGUACGUGUGGGAGGAGUUGAGAUUCCAAACAACAAAAGGGUUGAGUUCUCUUUGCAAUACAUUCAUGGAAUUGGCCGCACCACAGCACGCCAGAUUCUGGUAGACCUUCAAAUGGAGAACAAAAUCAUGAAGGACUUUUCGGAAGAAGAGCUUAUCACUCUUCGUGAUGAAGUCUCUAAGUACAUGAUUGAAGGAGACCUUAGGAGAUUCAAUGCUCUUGCCAUUAGGAGAUUGAAGGAGAUUCAGUGCUACAGAGGAGUAAGGCACAUCCAAGGAUUGCCUUGCAGAGGACAGCGAACAAAGAACAAUUGUCGUACUUUGAAGGGCAAGAAAGUUGCAAUUGCAGGCAAGAAGAAGGCACCUCGUUAAAUCACCGAUGGAUUUUUUAUUUCUUUUUGGUAACUAACUUGUAAAAGUUUAUACCUAUUCCUAUGGCAAACCAUGCAUUUGUUUGUUACUGAGCAAUAUUUCCAUUGAAAUCAUUUUAUUACUUUUCAA